AUGCAACAGAGAUUGAACCUCUUUUCCGUCGCCUGCGAGAACUUCGGUCUGAUCAUAAACAGGAAGAAGAUGGUGGUCAUGCAUCAACCGCCACCCAACGCAACCCCGCUCUCCAACGCGCCACAGAUCAGCAUGAACGGAACCCAACAGCAAGUGGUGGACAGCUUCCCGUAUCUGGGCAGUACCCUCUCCCGCAGCACCAAAAUCGACGACGAAGUCGCCCGCAGAAUUUCAAAAGCCAGUCAAACCUUCAGUCGCCCUCAAAGCACAGUUUUAAAUCGUCAUGGUCUCCAGCUCAGCACGAAGCUGAAGGUGUACAAGGCCGUCAUCCUGCCGACGCUGCUGUACGGAGCGGAGACUUGGACAGUGUACACUAAGCAGGCACGCCGACUGAACCACUUCCACCUCAGUUUUCUUCGUCGCAUCCUGAGGCUGAGCUGA